CAACAAUUGCAGUGUCGGUUGCAGUUGCAGUGUCGAGUAAUAGUAUGUAUGUCAAUUUGUGUUGUUCAAUGGUAUAUUAGUUACGAUCGAGUGGUUUGCAAAAUCGAGUGAAUCUAUUUUGUUUUGUAAAAAAAAUAUUUAAUCAUCGAUAGGUGAUAAAAAAUGCGACUAUCCUGUAAAUUUUAAUGCAAUUCCGACACUUAAGAGUAAAAAGUCAUUUUAUAGAAAGAGCGCAUGUGAGAUUGUGCGUCAAUCUUUUUAUUGAAGCAUAACCUGAUGCUUCAGUGAUUCUGAGCUAUGAUGUUUGAUAAAACUUUGUGGCACCUUAUGAAGAUGGGGUCAUAAAAAUUGUUAUAUUACACUUCAGUAGUAUACAUUUUAUCUCUAUGGCUAAGGGAAAAAUAAAAGGUUCUGAUUCUAACAAUAAGAUAGCAGCAUCAAAUGCAGCGUUUAAAAAUGGAGAGACAUAUACAUGGGAAUUUGAGAUUAACGAAACACCGCCUAGUGCGAGAACUUUGCUUACCAAGGGUUAUACACAAGAUGAAAUUAAUUCGUAUUCAGGUGCAACUGUAUCAACACGUGGGCGUUUUAUGACAGAACAAGAAAAGUUACGCUGUCCAAAUGAAAGGCCAUUGUACCUAUAUAUACAGGGACAUACCAGACAUAAUGUUGAUUUGGCGAUACAAAAGAUUAAUGAAAUUAUUAAGACAGAACAUCAAAGUUCUUUAAAUAGACCAAGCAGAUUUACAAAUGCUCCACCACCUCUUAUGAGUUUACAUUCCGGAAUUACAACUGUGGAAAAGAUUUGUGUUGGUAUUGAGAAUGCACCACAAGGUUUUGAUUUACGUGGACGAAUAUUAGGUGCUGGUGAUGCAAAUUUAGUUUAUAUUAGAGGUGAAACUGGAGCAAAUGUAACUUUAAGAGGUAGAGGAUCCCAAUUUAUCGAUCCAGUUUUGGGAGCAGAAUCUCCAGAACCUCUUCACUUGUAUAUAGAGCAUCCAAAACCGGAAGCAUUGCAAAAUGCAAAACAAUUGGCUAUUAAUUUAAUACAGACAAUACAAUCUGAAUUGCAGACCUAUAUUCAACAACAGCCACCACCAGUACAACCUCAGCAAGUUAUAGAACAAUCACAAAUACCGCAAACCCAAUUUCAAACUAUGAACAUUGGUACCUUAGGCCAACCAAAUGUGGUUGCAAUACAACACCAAGAUAUUAUACAACAUCCACAAAGUAAUGUUGUAACGUUGCCUGCAACAAUUCUUACGGCUACUGUAGCUGGUACUCCGGGGCCUAGCGUAUCAGUUCCUCCUCCAGGAGUUCAUAUACCAUCUCAUACUGGACCAUUAGUUCCACCUUCACAAGCUCAGGAAAUACAGACUUUUAUGCCACCACCACCUGUUGGACAAGUACAGUUAAUCGGUCCUCCAUCGACAGUAAGUCAAGUUCAAUAUCAGAUACAUCAUGGCCAAUCGUUACAAAUCCAGGGAAUUCAAGGAUCACAGUCCUCGCCACAGCCUAUGGCUCAAAUGUACGUCAUGAGUCAACCGCCACCACAAAGUUCUGCGCAGCAAAGCUUCAUAACAAGUAGUAACGCAUCGGUGAGCGGGGCAGUAUCAUACGUUUACACGCAACCGAACAUGCAAAGGCCCGCUACGCCGUCCCAGGGAAUUAUCGAAACUGUUAAUGUUAACUUGCAACAGCCUCCUCCCGCAGCGCCGCUCAAUAUAACACAGCAACCACCACCGCCGUUGCUGCAUCUUCACUUUCCGCCGCCGAACUUUCCGCCGAAUCAACCACCACCUCCUGUACCGCAAACCUAUCAGAUACAAUAUCAACAAGUACAGGCGCCCGUGUCACAGGCACAAACUCAGUUUGUUUUGCAACCUGGCGAGCAUAUCGUCCCGCCUCAGCUACAACAGAAUCACGAGCAGUCUCAAGCUGUCGCCCAACAUAUAAUACCUCCACAAUUCGAAGGUCACGCGCCACCGUUUCACUUACAAGUACCUCCUCCGCCGUCCGCGCAAACUUUUCUAGUUCCUAAUGCUCAGUCGCCCCAACAUCAUUCGCAACCGCCUCUUCCUCCCGCCGGGGAGAUGCAGCAUCAGCAAGAGGGCCCGGUGGAGCAGGGACCGUUGCCACAACCGGUACCACCUCCGCAAAUAGUACCGCCGCCAUCAAUCAGUCAGAUGCCGAAUUCCAUGAAUAUUCUUACCAGUGUACCGCCGCCGACGCAACCGCCUCCACCGCAGAACGCUCCUUGGCUCUAUCAAACUCAACAACCGCAACAAAUACCGCAACCACAAGGACAGUUGCAGAUGCAAAUGCCGCCGCAGAACAUACCUCUUCAUAACGUACCUCCACCGCAAGUUCAAGCUCAAAUACAAUAUCAUCCUCAACAUAUACAAUAUCAGAAUGGUCAUAUACCGGCGCAAGUACAUUAUACGAUGCAACCGCCACAUCAGCAAUUUGAGCAGAAGCCCGAUUCGCCAGAACAACAAAAAUCGCAUGGAGUCAAAAGAAGGUUUUCAGAUGUUGAAGGAAGUCAGGAACCACCAUCAUACCAAUGCGCUCCGCUACCUGCGCAACGUCAUGGCACAGGAGAAGGUGAUCGACAACAGCAAGUCUUACAUGGUCCAUCACCCAUACCUGCGGGUCAGCCACAUGGAGAUCGAAACAAGAUGCUAAUGCCACCUCCACAUUCAGGUGAGAAACGGAACAUGGACCAAAAGCCCACAGGUCUAUCUUCAGGAAAUGAGCAGAAUAUAAUGACGGAAUCUGGAAAUAUUCUUGUCGGAAAUGGUCCACCUCUACCACCUCCACCAUCACCGCAAGCGCCAUGGCAAAAUCAUCAUGUAAGAGUUCCUUGGGGUAGACCACCUCCUAUUCCAAGGGAAGGAGACCCAUCUGUAGUCUGCCCUGGAUUACCUCCUAUUAACAUGCCUCCCCCCCAGAUUAGGUCAAGAGGUCUCGCUGACGGUAAUCGUUCUCCUACUCAGAGUGCCGCGUUAGAGCAAUCGUUAAAUGUCGAAUACAAUCAGAUGCCACCUUAUACGACGAAGCCGCCUCCUUACAAUGCGCAUCCAUUGAUGCAGUCGAUCUGCAAUCCGCCACCACCACCGCCACCCCAUCAUCAACAACCACGGUCGCAACAUUCUCCUCAAGCGGUACAGCAUUACCAGGUGCCAAUCUCUCAGACAUAUCAGCCGCCAACAUCCUGUCCACCAUGGAUGAAUUAAAAGUUAUCAAACUACAAUUAUGUUUUUUGCUUUAAUACUUUGACGAUGACUGGAUUUGACUUAUCAAAUAUGACGUUGUCAUAAUAGAGCGACGAUGAAGCUACAACGAUCUGAUGUAAAUGUGAAUAUUUUGAAGUGCAACAUAUUACUUUUGCACUUCGAUUGUUUCUUACGAUAAUUAUUGUAAUUUAAUAAUCUAUUUGUAUAAUAAUUCUUGUACUCUUAGCUGUUAUAAUUUAUCUAUUCCAAGGGAGGAUGUUAUUGAGAAACAUAAAAUAUAUGUAAAUGUUACAGUUAUUUAUACAAUUAAAAUCCU